CCAGUCUGAACCAGAACUAGCGGUAGUGUAACGUUACAGGGAAGACAGGAAAAAAAGCUGGCUGCUUGCUAGCAACAGAAUCUUGACCACCGGGCUAGCGAGAAGAUAUAUAAGGAAACUGGAACGCCACCACGGAUUUCUUGUGGGACAAACGUACAGGCCUCGCUGCUAAAACGAUGCCUCACACUAGACGGUACUCGUCUUCGGACAGAGACAGUCGAAGCAGCUAUCAAGAUCGUUACAGAGACAGAGACAGAGGGCGAAGACACCGGCACAGAAGAUCACCUACUUACUCCUCCAGCAGUGACAGAGACCGAGACAGAAGGGGACGGGGACACAGACAGGAAGGAAGCUAUGCACGCUCAAGGAGUCGUAGCUAUGACAAUCGCUCCACGGAACAACGGCCAUUUGACCGAAGAUACUGCGAGGGAUACAGACGCUUGGAUCAGAGCCGAGAUCGAGACCGCGACAGAGAAAGGGAGCCACAUGGAGCAGCUGAAAGUUACUAUCCACGCGACUUCUCCCCAAACAUGUACGACUACAGACGUGGCCGCGAGAGGGAGAGGGAGCGCGAACGGGAUGAGUCGUAUCGGCGGAAAGGCAGCAGGCGUAAGCACAAACGAAGGCGGCGUAGAACCAGGUCCUAUAGCCCAUCCUCCUCGCGGAGCAACAGCCGGACGAGGGCACUGAGUGUGAGGGACGACGAGGAAGGGCACCUGAUCUGUCGGAGUGGGGACGUCCUGCAAGAGAGAUAUGAGAUUGUCAGCACCUUGGGGGAAGGCACUUUUGGGAGGGUGAUGCAGUGCAUUGACCAUCGCAGGGGAGGAGCCCGUGUUGCACUGAAAAUUAUUAAGAAUGUGGAGAAGUACAAAGAAGCAGCUCGCCUGGAGAUCAAUGUAUUAGAGAAGAUCAAUGAAAAGGACCCUGAUAACAAAUUCCUGUGUGUACAGAUGUAUGACUGGUUUGACUACCAUGGUCACAUGUGUAUCUCCUUUGAGCUGCUAGCUCUCAGUACUUUCGACUUUCUAAAAGAAAACAACUACCUGCCCUACUCAAUUGGUCAGGUCAGACACAUGGCCUACCAAAUCUGUCUCGCAGUGAAGUUUCUCCAUGACAAUAAGCUGACACACACAGACCUAAAGCCUGAGAAUAUCCUAUUUGUCAACUCAGACUUCACAAUGUCCUUCAAUGUAGAAAAGAAGCGAGAAGAGCGGACAGUUAAGAGCACAGCAGUACGUGUGGUGGACUUCGGCAGUGCCACUUUUGACCACGAGCACCACAGCACCAUUGUGUCCACGCGGCAUUACCGUGCCCCUGAGGUCAUACUAGAGCUGGGCUGGAGCCAUCCCUGUGACGUGUGGAGCAUUGGCUGUAUCCUGUUUGAGUACUACCUGGGCUUCACCUUGUUUCAGACUCAUGACAACAGGGAGCAUUUGGCCAUGAUGGAGAGAAUCCUGGGACCAGUGCCCUCUAGGAUGAUCCGUAAGACGAGGAAGCAGAAGUAUUUCUAUCGUGGCCGUCUGGAUUGGGACGAGAGCUCCUCAGCGGGGAAAUACGUCAGAGAAAACUGCAAACCCUUACGGCGGUACUUGCUGUCGGAGGCGGAGGAGCACCACCAGCUAUUUGACCUAAUUGAAAGCAUGUUGGAGUACGAGCCCUCCAAGAGGCUCGUGCUGGCCGACUCCCUCAAACACCCUUUCUUUGAGAACGGGGGGAUCGGCGAGGCAGCGGGCAGCAAGAACUGGGAGGGUAACCGAGACAUCAGCCGGUGACCCACAAGCCUCUAAAGACUGAAUGACAGAGGAAAUCACGUCUUUUUAUAUGUGAAGCAGGUGAACUGUUGAAUCAGUGGGGACUUCGGAUGUUCUGUCGUUUGUCAUUAAAGCAUGGACACCUUAACUUCUCGCUCCACCCUGCCCCUCUGACAUCCACCUCUGCAGUCACAAGAGGCAUGUUUUCGUAGCAGAGAGACCAAAAUAACCCACGAAAGACUGGAAAAGAGUCAAAAUGAAUCUUUUCUAGCGGCCACAGCCUCAAAAGUAGCCCUCUAUGCAGCUCCUGUCUUCCUUUUGACUUCUGAACCAACCACCUUCUGUCCGUCCCGUCUAUUAUUUUCAUCAGCAUGUAAAGAAAAUAAUUCACCUUUCUAAGGUAAUAAGCACUACAAAAUUAUACAGUAAUUGAGUUUUGGGGAAUAAAUGUCUUCCUUUUAGGAAGUCUAAUGAAAGGGGAAAAGGAGAUAGAGCUGUAUGUGCAGCGCAAGUCCUCACCUACAUAAUUCUAAACAUGGCAACAUAAAAGAUAUUCAGUUAUGCUAACAUCAAAUAAUUCAGUUCGAACGUCUUAUUUCCAUUUUAUCUCUAGCAGAGACACAUAACUCAAGUUUUUGUUUAUGUUAAGUGAGCACUUGCAUUGCAUCAGUUUCUUUUUUACAUAUGAAAGGGUUAUCUCUGAUAUGGAGACUCUUGCCCCUAAUCUCUGGUGGUUAGGCCUGUUCGCCAAUGAGAUGAUAAUUGAGAUGGACACUCUAUAUACACACACACACACACACACACACACACAGGCCUCUGUGGCCUGUCUCAUUGAUGGAUAUACGUUUGUUACGUUAUGCAGUGUUUUCUGAGUGUGUGUGUGUGUGUGUGUGUGUAGGGGUGAGAUGGCGUGGGUGACACGUUCCUGUUAAUGUUUUGCUCAGUGGCUUAGUAGUUCAGCAUUAGUCGUGGGAACAUUCUCACAUAACUUUUAAACACAAAACAUGAACUGCCUUUUCCAUGUGUGACGUGGUCAGACCUGAAGUCUCUCCAUUGAGGUUAAGCACACAGCUCCUGGUGGCAGCCAACGAGCCAUCCACAACUCCUGGCGGUGACAGUAUUUAUUUUGAGUUCCAAUAGGUCAUAGACCCUCCCACCCCUCACCUGUACAUGACUUGUGUUUUUUGUAUGAAAUUAAAGCGUAUAAACCUGUAUAUAUGUAUGAUUGUGUAGAAUUAAAGUUAAGUCCUCCUUGCCAAAGGCUUAUGGUGCUCUCAGUAUCAGUUCGGGCCUCUGGUAGCUAAAGGGAGGCACUCUGUCUUUAAA